AUGGAGGAAGAAGUUGCCGCUCUCGUCAUUGACAAUGGCUCUGGUAUGUGCAAAGCUGGCUUUGCUGGUGAUGAUGCGCCACGAGCAGUUUUCCCAUCCAUUGUCGGUCGACCUCGUCACCAUGGUAUCAUGAUUGGUAUGGGCCAAAAAGACUCCUACGUCGGUGAUGAGGCCCAAUCCAAGCGUGGUAUCCUCACCCUAAGAUAUCCUAUUGAACACGGUGUGGUUACAAACUGGGAUGAUAUGGAAAAGAUCUGGCAUCACACUUUCUACAACGAGUUGCGUGUCGCUCCAGAGGAGCACCCGGUUCUGUUGACCGAAGCCCCCAUCAACCCCAAAUCCAACCGAGAGAAGAUGACCCAGAUCGUCUUCGAGACAUUCAACGCGCCUGCUUUCUACGUCUCCAUUCAAGCUGUUCUGUCCCUCUACGCCUCCGGUCGUACUACCGGUAUCGUGCUCGACUCCGGUGAUGGUGUCACCCACGUGGUCCCCAUCUACGAAGGUUUCGCUCUUCCUCACGCCAUCUCUCGUGUCGAUAUGGCUGGUCGUGAUUUGACCGACUACCUGAUGAAGAUUCUGGCAGAGCGAGGCUACACUUUCUCCACCACCGCUGAGCGAGAAAUCGUCCGAGACAUCAAGGAGAAGCUGUGCUACGUUGCGCUCGAUUUCGAGCAGGAGAUUCAAACCGCCUCUCAAAGCUCUAGCUUGGAGAAGUCGUAUGAACUUCCUGACGGUCAAGUCAUCACCAUUGGCAACGAGCGAUUCCGAGCUCCUGAAGCUCUCUUCCAGCCAAGCGUUCUUGGUCUUGAAUCUGGUGGUAUCCACGUCACCACUUUCAACUCCAUCAUGAAGUGUGAUGUUGAUGUCCGUAAAGAUCUUUAUGGCAACAUCGUCAUGUCUGGUGGUACUACCAUGUACCCUGGUAUCUCCGACCGUAUGCAGAAGGAAAUCACUGCUCUCGCUCCAUCCUCCAUGAAGGUCAAGAUCAUUGCACCUCCCGAGCGUAAAUACUCCGUCUGGAUCGGUGGUUCUAUCCUGGCAUCUCUUUCCACCUUCCAACAGAUGUGGAUCUCCAAGCAGGAGUAUGACGAGAGUGGUCCUUCUAUCGUUCACCGCAAGUGCUUUUAA